AUGGCGAAGUAUAUGACAAACGACGAGCAUGAUGAACUCGAAAAGGCCUUUGCAUUCUUCAACCUCGAAUUAAUCGAUGAUAAACAACUUGCGAAUGUUGUCCGAUUUCUCGGACAUAGCCCCACCGACGACGAGCUACAAUCAUUAGCCAAUAGAAUUGGUGGAGAAAAUUGGAAAAAGUUUAGUUUUUCUAAAUUUUUGGAAUUUAUAGCUCCUCUUAUGAAAAUAACAAAAACUCAUGAGGAGCUCUUCAAGGGGGAUUCAAUACUCUGCUUGCAAUGCAACAAGGGCAAUAAAAAAUAUGUCAAGGCUAAGAGUCUUGAAAGCCAUAGCGAAGAUGUUCAACGUAAAAAGAAAGAAGAGAUCUCUUUUGAUACCCUCUUCUAG